CCAACGCGGGGCCAGUGUGCAGCGGGACGUCGGCGUGGGAGGACGGUGCUUCUCAUGGGGCAAGGCGGCCGCUCUCCACCCUGCAGCAUCACCCUGGAAGAUCGUGAGGGUUCAGAACGCACGGCAUCAUGGGUGUGCGUGGUCUUCAGUCCUUCCUGGAGUCCCACUGUGGCCAGGCCUGCUACUCCGUCAACAUUGGCAAGGUCGCCGAUGAGUACCACAAGCGCACCGGGAAGAGUCCGCUGAUCGUGGUGGAUGGAAUGUCAUGUCUGCGGAAGCUGUACGGGAAGCUCAACUGGAUAUGUGGCGGCCAGUGGAAGGGUUACAUCGAGCACAUCCAGGAUUUCCACAAGUCCCUCAAAUCGCACGGCAUCAACAUGGUCCUCUUCUUCGACGGCAAUACCCCGGAGCGGAAGAGGGAGACAUGGAGCCACCGUCGCCUGGAGAACUUGAAGGACGUGAUUAACUACUUCACCAUCAUCAAGUCUAACAAGGAACUGGAGCAUGGCAAGCACUUCUUCCUUCCUACGGGGCUGGCGGCCUUCACACCUAUCAUUUUCAAGGACGUCUUGGGCUGCCCCGUCUACACCUGUCUGGACGAGUGUGACAAGGCGGUGGCCGAGUACGCUAAGAGACACGGGGCCAUGGGGAUCCUCGGGCAGGACUCAGACUACAUCAUCUACAACACGGCCCACUACUACUUCUCCAUCAACCACCUCAACCUGGAGACGCUGGACACGGUGAUGUACGACAGGAACGCGCUGUGCCGUGUCCUGCAUAUCACCGUUGACCAGCUCCCCCUCUUGUCCUGCCUCAUUGGUAACGACGUCAUCCACCAAGAGGACCUGCUGCUCUUCCACCAACAGACACUCAAGAUAUCCAUGCAUCACCUCCACCGCCACCACAACCGCCCCCCGCCAGAGAUUCUCAUUCCCAAGGUGGCAACAUUUAUCAACAACCAGCCGCCGAUGGAACAACUCAACCAGCAACUCCCUUCCCUGGCCAGGGUUGUUCUGCGAGAUGAGAACCGUGCCCAUCUGCUGGCGGAGGGAAUAGGCAUGUAUCAGCUGGACAUUGAAGCGCCCUGCGAGUACACCAACCAGCCCACAGACACUGAGGGUAUGGACAUUAUGGAACGAGUGCACCUCAGACACAUCAACUCUGAGCUCGGCCGCCACUUGUUUGCCAUCCUGCGCGGCGAGUCCUACGAGUCGUCCACCACCCUGGAGGACUACACGUCGAACCUUCCCUCCGGCGCCAUCGUGUUCCAGCCGCUGCGGUCAAGGGUGUAUCGCAUCCUGCAGAAGUCGGCUAAAGAUGGCUGGACCCAGGUGCCAGAGUGGUGCAUGUACAGCGGAGCUACCCUGAAGGAACCUGACCUCGUGGACCCUGUUGAGCUGGAGGGUGGCAGCCCGUCCCUGGAGGAGUUAUGGGACGGCGAUGCAGACUUCAAAUGGCGCACCUUCCUCGACUGUGUUCACCCCCAGCUCUCCGGGACUCACAUCCGCUCUCUGCCGCCACACCUCAUUGUCCCUGUGGCCUUACUCUUCUACCUGCAGUGCCACCACCCUAAGCCCAUACUGAAGGACUGGGAGAUGAACGCGAUGAUGGCCGCUAUCCUCUCCCCGACGCGCGAAGACCUGCUGCUCAUCCGGUCCGUCGCGCUGCAGAGGAUUGACGCCCGGGCGGUCCACGUGGCCGCCAUCUUCAUGAAGGGCCUCGUCAACUUCUUCUUCCUCCUUGCCGCCUGUGACUACCCCGUGGCCAGGCUCAAUAUGGUGCCUUGGGCCUUCUGGGACGGCAAGGUGUUCCAUCACUACUACCUGAGAGCCAAGUCUGGAGCCAGGGUGGACGACCUCUGCGAGCACAAGGAACCCAUACUGAAGAAGUUUAUGGAGAUGAAGACCCUCAUCAUGCCCCACAUGCCCCCGCCGGUCCCCCUCAAGUCCAACGCCCCCAACUCCCCAAGCCGCAGCCCCCACGAGAGCCCCAAGAAGAAGGGGUGCGCGGCGUCCAUCACCCCCGAAGGCACCCCCCCCACCACCCCGGCGCGGGAACACCCCACCACCCUCGCCAUCACCAAAAACAUCCACGGCAAGAACCACUCCCGCGGCCCUUCCCCCAUGGUGUCCCCCAGCUCCCCCCAUGCCGGCAGACCCCACGUCAAGCCCCCACACAAGUCCCCGCAGCCUAAGUCCCCCAUCGCCAAGUCCCCGAUCGCCAAGUCCUCGGCAGCUAAGUCCCCCGCCAGGUCCCCCAAGAAGAUGGCAUCAUGAUCACCUGCUACAUAAGGUCAGGUCAGGGCCUCUGUAUUCCCUCCCCCCUCCCCCCUCCCCCGCCAUGGUCCUGACCUCACGGCUUUGCCAGCGUUGGGUCAGGGUGACACUUGGGGCUGACUCACCCCGCCGCCCCUUGUUGUUGUUGUUGUUGUGCCGGCUGGCCGAGGCGGCGCGCGUGGGCAUACCUGCUGCGCACACGGCAGAGGCGCACACACGCACUCACACACAGGCUGUAGCAACACUGUACGCAUUAGUUGUAGUGGUAGCAGUGCUCCAUACACACACGCACAAGGCAGUGUUUACCUUUUUUGCAGCACAACGCCUUCAUGGGACUGGCUGGGAGCAGUAUUGUGUGUGCAUGGCUGAAGCACACACACACACACACACACACACACACACACACACACACACACACACACACACACACACACACGUACACAGCUGCUAACCUACCCCAAUGCACCUUUGCCUGUCUGCACGUGCGGCAUCGGGGUCAGGUCUCGGGUUAGUGUUUCUCGCCAAGGCUUAGUGUGUGCCCCUCCCUCCACACCGGACAUUCACAACCCCCCAAAGGACAUCAAUCUGUUUGGACCCUUGGGUGUCGGACACAUUCAUUCCGUCUUUGCACAGUUAACGAGUCAACGUCCUCAAAUCACACCUGUCCAUUUUUCAGAGUUACACGCAGUAUUUUUGUGCGGGCCACGGCAGACGGACGGACGCUUUCCCCGCCCAGGAGUGUGGCCCAAGGUUGCGUAUGGGUCAGGCUCCUCGGGGCGCUCCGUCAGACUGUAAACAAACCGUAAAUUAAAGACCGAUGGCAUAAUAAAUCAUCCAGGUUGGUUGGAGGAGGACCGUCUAGGCUAUGUCACUACGGCAAGGUUUUAUGCAACUCAUCGUGUGGUCCCCCUUCAAUGUGACGUUUGCCCCCCAUCCCGCCCUCCCCGCCCCCCCGUCAGCCACUCACAGCCCCGUCUGAGAGCGCCUACAUGUGUUAACGAGCACAGCUAAAGCUUCCAUGAGUUGAACGUUACGCAGCGCUGGUCUCUCUGUGGUCAAUUUAUUUAUUUAUAUUUUUUUUACAACAAAGGAGAAGGGUUGUAACGAUCAGGGUGUGUUCUGUGGUUUGUAUACAUCAAUGGAAUUAGAUCUCGUAUCAGGAAAAUAUCAAGCAAAGGUUUGUUAAUCUGUGCUUUGGAAAAUUUGUUGUAGCUGAGGGCAUUCUGCAGUUUGUAUACGCCACUGCAAUUAGAUCUCGUAUCGGGAAAAUAUCAAGAAAAGUCUGUUAAUCUGUGCUUUUGAAAAUUCAUUGUAGGUCAGGGCAUUCUGCAGUUAGAGUUCGUGCUGUACCAGGAAAAUAUCGAGGAAAAGUCUGUUAAUCUGUGCUUUGGAAAAUACAUUGUAGGUCAGGGCAUUUUUGCAGUCUGUAUAUGCCAUUGCAAUUACAUCUCGUAUUAGGAAAAUAUCAAGGAAAAGUCUGUUAAUCUGUGCUUUGGAAAAUUCGUUGUAGGUCAGGGUGUGUUCUGCAGUUUGUGUACGCCAUUGCAGUUACUUGUGCCAGGAAAAAAAAUCAAGGAAAAAUCUGUUAAUCUGUGCUUUGGAAAAUUCAUUGUAGCUCAGGGCAUUCUGCAGUUUAAUUUAUUUAUUUAUUUAUUUAUUUUUUGCAGCAAAGGAGACAACUCAAGGGCACAAAAAAAUUAAAAAAUAAUGAAAAAAAAAGCCCGCUACUAAAAAAAAAGCAAUUAGAUCUUGUAUCAGGAAAAUAUCGAGGAAAAGUCUGUUAAUCUGUGCUUUGGAAAAUACAUGGUAGGUCAGGGCAUUUUUGCAGUCUGUAUAUGCCAUUGCAAUUAGAUCUCGUAUCAGGAAAAUAUCAAGCAAAAUUCUGUUAAUCUGCACUUUUGAAAAUUCAUUGUAGCUCAGGGCAUGUUCUG